UGUUAUUAUAUUAAAAUAAUAAAUUUUGUUCGGCUUUAAAUCAUAAACUACACUUUCCUUAAAAAAAAUCUUCUUUGAAUAAGAAAUGGGUGAUUAUAAAAAAUAUUUAGAUGACUUGGUUGCAACUAAGCACAUCACUGGCGGGGCUAUCGUUUGUAAGACUGGAGCAACACAUGCAGCUACAACUGGAUUUGCGGUCACUGCGGAUGAAGUCAAACAUAUGAAUGAGGGUUUUGAUAAAACAGACGUAUUAACUUCGAAAGGAGUAAUGAUCCAGGGAAAGAAAUACAUGUUUUUGGGGAAAAAUCCUGACGGAAAUGGCAUUAGGACCAAAUUAGAUAAAGGAGGGGCUAUGAUUGUAAGAACCGGAAAAUGCAUAAUCAUUGGGCUGUAUGACGAAAAAAUUGGGGCUGGCAAUUGCACGAAAGAUUUAGAAUCGCUUGGUGAUAAAAUGAAAAAAGCCGGAUUGUAAAUUCUGACAUUUAUCUUUUAUAGUUUUUGCAUUUUUCAAUAUUUCAAAUAUUAAUCUAAUGAUAUUUUAUAUAUUAUUUGCGCUGUUUAAUUAAAAACAAGAAAAUGUAUUAAUU